AUGGUGAGGAUACCACCAGUCACAGGCCCGAAGAUGAUGGUGCUGGUGCACUUGUCCCAGCAGGCGAACAUCCAGGAUACCGCCAGUCACAGGCCCGAAGAUGAUGGUGCUGCUGCACUUGUCCCAGCAGGCGAACAUCCAGGUCCUAAAGCCCUAGCCCUAGGCGAACAUCAUGGUGAGGAUACCGCCAGUCACAGGCCCGAAGAUGAUGGUGCUGGUGCACUUGUCCCAGCAGGCGAACAUCCAGUGAAUACAGUGUUUCCUUCAAUCUCUCGAGGUCAACAUAUGCUAGACAUUGAGGGCCGAAUGGACAUGGUGAAGCCAGAAGGUGAAGAGCAGCAGAAGCUUCGGGAUGGCCGCGAAGAGACAAGAUCACUGAAGAAGAAGCGGGCAGGGGAGAAAGAUCCGCUAGAGAGAGAGGACUCACAGAAGGGCACUAUUUGCACCUUCUCCGUUGUGCUGAAGAGCACGAAAGCCUGCUGCGAGAUUCAGAGUGCAGUCGAAGCACCUUCUCAGCACAAGGGUCAGAAAGAGGACGCACAGUGGAAAGGUCCUGCUUCGGCCAAGGAGUGUACUUCCCGGACCAGCCGUGGAAAGCAUCCGGCACAACCGGCAAAGCCCACACUGCCGAGGAGCGCCUUAGUGUCCUUGACGGGCCAUCCGCCCAGCUCCGAGAAGGUGUCAAAGCAGAAGCACGAGGACGAGGCUCGAAAUCCUACAGACUACAGCAAGGACAAGGAGACGACGGACAUCGCACAGCUAGUGCUACAUGCAGAUGGCACAACAGAAGGCUUCGUGGUGGAAGGGACGGGCAAUGAAGAUCCGACAUUGAGGGCACUGAGUGGAGCAGCUGCUGCUGCAGCGGCAUCGGCAGCAGCAGCAGCAAGUGCUGCUGCAGGCACUGCUGCCAUCCUGGAGCGCAUGCAGCAGUUGCAACGAGGGGAAGUUCCGGGAGAGUGGAAUAUGCAGAAUGUGCUGCAAUCCACCAAGAAUGCUGCAGCAGCUGCGAUGGAAGCAGCCCAUCAACUGGGCAGCUGCUUUCAAGAGGCCAACGGCUCGGCCCGAAGGCCCGAUUUGUCGGCCAUUCCAACAUCUUGGCAAAGGCAACAAAGGCGCCGUCUGAGCCAGAGCAGCACGCCCAAGUCGACAACAUCCGGCCCCAAUUCGGACGAGCUGUCGGUGGAAAAGCUUCUUCUUGAUCAGUGCCACAAGCCAAAAGUCACCUUGUAUCACAUGCGGGAGAGGGUGCCUGCCAUGGAGAAAGCUGGCAAGGAAGAGGACCUGGCCCGAUUCAAGAAUCACUUGGCGGCCCUUCAUGCGGCAGAGGCUCUUCGGCCUUCAUCCGUCGGCAAACUCGAGGAUGACCACAUUGGCCAGCAUCUUCUCACACUUCAACCCUUCUGGCCAGGCCCGCUGCCAUUGGUUACUUGCAAGGGACUGGUGCAAAGAAGGUGUGAGAGAUUGACGGCAGGCACGAAUAAGAACAUUGCUCGUUGCUUUGAGGUUCUGUGGCCCAAGUUGUCCGAAAACCUCUUCAAUGCAGAAGAGGCCCGAGUGGCAACCCUGGCAAUGAGUCAGGAGGACAAGGUCACAUUUGCACACGACAUUGUUGUGUCUUACUGUCUGCCGGAGAUGAUGCAAAACGAUGAUGUGGCUGGCCUGCAAGAGCUAAGCGAGACAAUGCUGCAGAAGUCUGCGGAUGAGCCCGAGUUGAUGAAAAUUGAGAAGGCAAAGCUCAUGGUGCAAACGGUCCGAGCAGUGGGUGCUUUGGUGCAGAGCCUGCCGGUGAGAGAUGAUCAGCUGGAGGCAUGGACCAAACGGAAGCACAAUCCAGUGCUGUCCAUUGCAGCCACCUCCAAGGUGGCGAAGCUCCUUCAGAGCGCCGCCUGGAGGAAAAGGUUGGACCGAUUCUGGUUGGGCGCGAGUACCCAGGUGCUGCAUGAGCCCGUGGUCCGAGACUGCUUGGAAGCUUUGAAGGGCGGUGAUGAAGAGAAGCUGGAUGCAGCCUGGGCCGACUUACAAGCCAAUUGGGGGGCCUGGUCUCGAGAGUUGAACACUGAGACUCUGGCUUUUUUGGCUGAGGCAGUCCAAAAGCAUUUGGCACUCGAUUUGCAGAAGCUUCAUUCAAGGCUGCUGCAUGCAGAAGAGUCUGAACCGGAAGACACUGCAGAUGCAAGGGCAGCAGAGCUGGUCCGAGUCUUCAACCUUCGAGAGGGCUGGGCCAGGAAAGUCGCGAUCCUGGGUCAGAGCUUUUCUCUAGAAAGAGAGAACUUCCAGUCUACCAUCGACAAGCUCAAUGUGCGACUGAGAAGUCGCAAAGCACUGGCUUGGCUCGAUGCUGCACUGGACCCAGGAAAAGAACUUUCGCCGGAAGAUGUGGAGUCUGCUACAGCGGCACUUUGCCACGUGGGUAUUGCCGGCAAAAGCACCGAGGCCCGAGCCUGGUUGGACCGACUGGUCAAUGAUCCGGCUCUGGGAAUUGCAACGUGCGAGCUGGCAAUUGCGGUGGUGAAAGCUAUGAUGAUUCCACAGGAUUCAGAGCAGCUGCCGAGGCUUUCAAAGACUCUGACAGGGUUGAAGAUUGAACACCAUGUGUCGUCCGGGCCCGGUCAUGACAUCGAAAGCCUCAGUGCCCUGAUCAAGUCUUGGGAUGACUUGCAAGUGGCAUCAUAUAAAGAUCUCGAGGAGGCAGUUGCCAAGGCCCGAGUUUGUCUACAGACGAGCAGCCAUGAUGCAUUCCGCGUGCAGCUGCAAAGUUCAUUCCAGGCCUUCUCGGACCUGAAGCUUCAUGCAGGAGGGACCGACAGCGGCGGAAACUGGAAGGCUGAUUUGCCCAGCGGCCCGAGCGGCCCGACAUGGGAUGCGCUGUGCACACUUGCAAGGCAGACAGUGCUCAGGGACCGACUCCGACCAUUCCACAAGGACUUGGACAAGCAUUUUGCUUCAGUCCAGAAGUCCUUCGCCGAGCUGCAGGAGGCACUGUCGUGGCCAGAUCUGCCGGCUGAGGCCCAGGAGGCCCGAGAUCUUCUUGCUCAGGGGCCUGAGGUUUUCCAGCUCGCACGGAUCACCGGGACCGAGGUCUAUUUCAUGGAGACCAUUCUGUUGGUCCGAUCCGACAGGCAUAGGCCCCGAUUGAAGAAGCGGCUCGACUCGCUGAAGGAGUUCGAUGUGCCUGUGAAGCAGGCCGACCAGGAGGGCCGACUUCACAGGGCCCGACUGAAGAAAGGGAGCGGCACUGUUCUGUUAAUGAUGGACUUGCGGCCGACCAGGGCCGACCAUCUUCACAGGGCCCGACUCAAGAAACGGAUCAUCCAUGCCGACUUGACCGGCCGCAACGUGCUCGUCUCCAGUCAGGAGAGGACAGAGGAAGAUCCUCGAGGCUUCGUAGCCAAAGUCGCCGACUUCGGCUUCGCUAGGUACGCUGUGAGUGGCAAAGCUCUACCCACGCAGGACAUUGGCACCAUCACGCACAUGCCACCUGAGCUCAUGGACCCAGACGGCGGCGUGCUGAUGCCCGCAGCCGAUGUUUGGGCCUUCGGAAUCAUCGCCUGGGAGGCGUUCCAUGGCAAGUGCUGCUACCAGGGAAAGAAUCCUGGGCAAAUCGUGAUCACAGUGUUCCGUGGCAAGACUCCAGAUUGGACCGGCGAUGUGCCCGAAGACUUUGGCGCGCUGAUCAAGCGGUGCUUCACGUACAAGCACGAGGGCCGGCCCUCCUUCGAAGAACUCUCAGAGAAGCUAGAAGCCAUGCUUCCGUCGAAAGACUGA